GAUGGGCCACGUCGCGCGCGAGAUGUCAAAAAUAAAUUAUGUAUGUAUAAAUUUAUAAUAUUUAUAACACAUCCAUGCGACUUUCCAUACAUGAUAAAAAGAGCGGAGCAGACUAACUUUUUAGUUAUUAAAAUUAUGGUCUAGUUAACGUUAAAUGCUUCUCCUUUUUUUUCUAUUUUUUUUCUUAUCCAGAGUCAGUAUCUUAUGUAAUCGAUUAAUUUUGCAUGUAUUAUCGACUUCAUUUUCGUCUAGCAAUAUAUGACAUUUGCGAUUCUAAUUAUAAAUUGUAAUUAUCCUCGCGGCUCGUAAAUAAUUAUGGAUAACGCGUAUAUUUAUCGCGCGAUCGCAUUACGCAUUUCCAUGAAAUCGAAUCAUUUACAUUUAUGUUUGCUGCUUAGGUCGUGCUUUCUCGCUGCGGCGCGGCGUUCACCGAGAGGGCGUAAGCGCACGGGGCACCUCGCGAGCUACGCGACAAUCCGCGCAGGAGAAAUCGGUGUUUGACAGCGUCCGUUUCGCCGGGUGCCCUAAUCGCAUCGCCAUCGCUUUUGCCCCCCGCCGUCGCCGCUGGCAUCAUCGGUGACCAUCGCAGCAGACCAAUCGCGGACAGGUGCCAACAUGGCUGCUACUGCACUGCCUGCUCGUCCUCUCGUGACAUCGCCCAUUGUCUCGACGGCACUCUAAUCUAACGGCGGAAAGCGGAGGGACCAGCGAUCGGCGAGCGCGAGACGACGCUUUAAAUGGAACGGCGCACUUCAAUGGAAGACUUCAGCUAGCAACAAUGUCCACCCGGUCGCAGCUCACGAAAGAUCUGAACGAAUCGGUGAAAGCGCUACUCGGCAAGCAUGUGAAAAUACUAUUAAAAAACGUGGUGAAAUUAGAAACGAAGCAGGACAAGCAGGAAAAUCGUGUUCUCGUGUUUUCGCCAUGUCGCCUCUUUCUCUUAUCGGCCAAAGUACCCACAAGAAUCGACUGCCACUUUCAUUACUUAGAGAUAACGGCUAUAGAGUCGAGAAGAGCCAAUCAGUUAUGUUUGACUGUUGGGGAACGAUUUUACAAUUUUACCACCACCAACCAAGGUGCGGAUACCACGGAAGUGGACGCCAUGAUAGAGGCCUUACACACGGCGAUUCGAAAUAUUUUUCCUACAGUACCGUUAAAUUACAUUAUACGAAAAAUAGAGGUAAUACCAGCUAGCAGGCUGCAAAGUAUACGGGGGAGCGAGUUAGCUAGAAGCACUGAAGCCACGAGGCAUACAGGGCCAUGCGGUGGUUUUUCUACUCAGUAUGCAUGCAUGUGCGACUUGCACGGCGUACCGUACAGGGAAGAGGUAGCUUGGGAUGUGGACACGAUAUAUCUCUCGCACGACACGCGGGAGCUGAAUCUGAGGGACUUCGAUCACCUGGACCAGAAGGAUCUGGUGCCAAUUAUCUCGGCCUUGGAAUACAACACUUGGUUCACGAAAUUACGAGCGUCCCACCUCAAGCUGAAUCACGAGCCUCUGGAGAGAUUGCUACACGUGAUGCGGAGGUCGCUGUCCAUCCAGGAACUCUACUUGGACAAUCUCGGGAUUAAAUGGGAUUUCGCUCACAAGCUGUCGUUAGCCUUGAUCUCCAACGCUAACACGAUACUGCAAACGAUCGAUCUGUCGCACAAUACCAUCGAGGACAAAGGAGCCUCUAGCUUGUGUGGGAUAAUUGCCAAGCUAAUGCAAGGUGGCACGCAUUUGAGCGCUCCUAUCGGCAAGCUGCCUAAGGGUUUGCAAAAAUUGAAUUUGGCCCAUUGCGGACUAACCGGGAAAGGUGUAGGCCAAAUAGCGCAUGCACUAAGCUUGAACAGGAGCAUGCCGACCAGCUUGCGAUAUCUGAAUCUUUCGGAGAACACCUUGAAGGAUGACAUUAAUAAUUUGUGCAAUUUCUUGGCGCAACCUAAUAGUUUAACACACUUAGAUCUUAGCGGUACGGAUACUACCUUAGAAUGUUUGUUCGGUGCAUUGCUGCGGGGUUGUGCAACUAAUCUAGUCCACCUGAACGUUGCCCGGAAUUCUUUUUCGAGCAAGAAGACCAAAGAAAUACCUCCGAGCUUUAAGCAAUUCUUCACGGCGACUCUCUCACUCAAGUACUUAAAUAUAUCCUCCUGCAAGCUACCGUUGGAGGCACUGAAGCAUCUGCUGCUCGGCUUGGCGUGCAACGAAAGUACGGUCGGUCUGGAGCUCGACAUGAGCGGGAACAACUUGGGGUCCAUGGGCGCGCACGUUUUAGAGUCGUGCAUUCAUGGAGUUCGAUGCAUAGCGUCGCUCGAUAUAUCGGACAGCAACAUGGACGUCGAUCUCGCGCAAGUUAUAACGGCCGUAGGCAAAAACAAAUCGAUAAAGCAGCUGUACAUGGGACGUAACACCGCCAGCAUGAAGAGCAAGCACAUAGCCGUCGUGAUGGACGCUCUAGUGCAGAUGCUUCAAGAGGACGACUGCGUGUUGCAAGCCCUGCAUCUGCCCGACUCCAGGCUGAAGGGCGACCUGUACAAUUUGAUCAACGCGCUCGGUAGCAAUACUUGUCUUCAUGCCCUGGACAUCAGCGGCAAUCAGAUAGGAGAUCCCGGCGCGAGGUUGCUGGCGAAAGCGUUGCAGAUCAACAAUCACUUGCGGACGAUCAUAUACGACAAGAACAACAUCACGUUGCAGGGCUACGCGGACAUUGUUCACGCUCUAGAGAAGAACUGCAGCGUGCGACACAUGCCGUUUCCGAUUUACGAUCUGCAGCCCUGCAUGAAAACCUCCGCGGAGAAGACGGAGCAGCUGGCGAAAAAGAUACAGGACCUACUGCAGAGAAACGUCACGCCGUGCAAGUACAGUCACGGGCAAGCGUUCAGGUUGCAGCAAGGAUUCCUGCUGAGCUCCACGCAGCAGAUGGUUGACAGACUCGUCGUGCAAACCCAGGAUACCAUCAAAGCUCUCGCGGCGGAGAGCUGCGACGCUAACAACGAUAUCAAUUACGCGACCGGACUUAUACAAGAUGCGGAUAAUUCUAAACAGCUCUUGCCGAGAUUGCACGAGGUACUUCAACGGCGAGAUGAGAAUAAUCCGGUGGAACUAAAGUUACACGAGAUGGCAAAUGAAAUUCACAAAGUUGUAACGGUGUAUCUACAGGAUUCCUUGGAUGCAAUGUUGAAGUGUGCAAAUGAGCAGUGUCCUACUAUACUUUCGCAAACGGUGAUCAGGGGCGACGAGAGUGAGCCAAUCGCGAUACAGGAUGAUCUUCGUAACACGUGUAAAGAGAAGAAUCAAAUCAAUAAUGAAUUCAUACACACCACCGUCACCGAGCAAGCCGGCGCGGAUAUCAUUAACAGAGUCAACGAACUCAACUUGGCGGUUGCGGCGCACAUAUCCGAUAGAAUUACAGACGAGGUAAUCGAGUCACUGUCAAGAAGUUACAAAACUCUGAUUGGCGACUGCGAUAGCCGAACACGUAGCAGUACACCGGACGUUCUACGACCCAGUGCCGGGUCGAUGAGCAGCGGAAGCGUGAUAGGAGUAACCAGCGCGAGCGGCGUCUCUAUGACUCUACCUCCUGGCAGAGCCAGUCUCAUGUCGGAAGAGGACUGCCCGCCGGAAACGUGCUCAUUGGCAAACUCCAUUGGCCAGUGCGUCAGCGAUCAAUCUCCGAUGAAAUUGGAUUAUCUCAAUCUGGCGACGCCACACUUGUCGAACAAGCGUAAAAGCCUGCAUGGACGGAAACUGAGGCCCAAGUCCGUAGUUGACUCGGUAGAGGGUCUGUCCGCCGAUGAUAUCCCGGAUCUGUUACCGUCGCUACCGAAGAGUCAAGCGGAAGCUAUCUCGGAAACCGAGCACUCGUUAACGGAGUCGUUGGACUCCGUCUCGGAAUUGCCCAAUACCGUAGGACAGCAGUUGCAACAUCUGGUGAAGUCCAGGCCGCGUAGAACGAAAACGAGAGCGCCCACUAGACCGAUGCUGAGACCGGAUCAGCCGGUCGAUGGUCUCGCUCUGGGCGAAGGUCUUGAUGUAUUCUUCCGACCUACCACGCCGACCACUCCUCUGAUAUCGCCUACGAGCGACGAUAGUUCUCUACAUACUUUCCCGACGGAUGGUAGCCCUAAUCUGUCGUUGACGAGUCACAAGAGCAUUCCGCCGGACAUGGAAAAGAAACACAGCUGCAACUCGCCGAUGCUAAAGACGCUUUUGGAGCCCGCGCCGCGUUCCCGAUCCAGCGACAAUUUGGAGAAAUUUUCACCUCUGGUCGGCAGAAGGUCCCAAGGGGAUUCUCCGUUAACCGCGUCACCGCUCGCCCGAAGAAACACGACCGACAGUGCUGACAGAGCCAAAGGCGAAGCCUUUGCGAAGGAGACGUCCAACAGCGGCAUCGCGAAUAAUGACGCCAGCGAUGAUUCUAAGCGCAGCACGUUAACGAACGUGUCCAGCAUGAGCCCACGCGGCUCACGCGAUAUCGACGAUAGCUUUACGAGCACGUCGGAGAAGGAUCAGGCGUCAUCGGUGAUGUCGAAGGAUCAGGAGAGCCGCAAGAGCGCCAUGAAGAAAUCCACGACCGACAUGGAGAAAUCAUCGACUACGUCUACCAAAUUGCGAUCGGCCGGUCACGAUCUGAGAAGUCCCAUAAACGGCAGCGGCAGCGCCAGUUCGAAGAACGCGUCCGAUUCGGCCAAAUCGCCCGUACUGAAGCCAUUGGUGAAGAACAGCGGGUCCACGAGCGAUGGCAAGAGCAACGGCGCACUCAUGAAGAAUAAACCGACUCCGCCGGCGACGGCGCCUAAACCGCGACCGUGGAGCAUGGCCACCGAUCGAAAAUCCGGAGAAUUUAGUCUGUUGAGCGACGGCUCUAGUCCAAACACUUCGGCCGGCAACACGCCCGAUUCCGGCGACGCUCUCGACGAGUCGACCGACAGCGGAGUCAGCGGUCCAGCUUCCCUGCCGCCGACGCUAUCGGCGAGCAGCACCGCGAGUUCGUUGAGCAAUACGAGCGUUGAGAAGAGAUCGGUGAGGGAAUUGGCGGCGAGCUUGAGCAAGAACAAGGCAGACAGGAAGGAAAAUGAGCAUACCGCACCCGCAGCAUGGCGGUCGCUGCUUCAACGUUCUGUCGACCGAGCAGACGCCAAGGUAACGGAAGUGCCGAAAAUGGUUGAGGAGAAUCGUCUUAGCUUCAAGCUUCGUCGCACGUCAUUCUUGCGCGAUUCAAACUUCAAUUACAACAACAACGAUGUGGUUGACGUUUGAUCGCGCUAGAUCGCGGACGGAUGGACGGUCAGUAUCGAACAAAAACAAUAGUAUCUUCUUCCGUGAUUUAUGCCGACGCCUGGCACACGAGUGUACUCUCCUUGAAUCUUCGUGCCAUAGGAGGAUUUUAUUCUGUAUAUACAUAUACAUAUAUCAACCGACUUCUAACAUUAGUGACAGGGUACUGAAAGUUUUUACGACGACUAAAAGUACUAAUCUGUUGUUAAGGUGGCAUUAGAGAAUCUUAUACUAGUUUUCUAUGACGCUGCGCUCUCACGGUGCAGCUACGUUUUGACUUAGUCGUAUUCCCGUAUGUUAUACGCUUCAUACAUUUCGUCUACCGAGACCAAUUAUUUUUAACGUUUCUCUCGGCUUUCUACCGAGCCGCUUACGCCUUCCAGCGGAACUAAAUCCAACUCCCUUCAUUCCGUCGAGUCCCCAGCGAGCGGCGCGCUACACACGCUUGCGUGCGAACAUCAGCAAAGAAGUUUUCUUUCCGCCGUUCGAUCGUUUUCUCUAGCGUGUAUAUAUUUAUAUUGCAUAUUGUUCGUCUAUAUAUUUCGACCGCGAGAAUGUCUAGAAUAGACAGGCCACAUCACAGUUUUAACGCGAACUGAAUCUUUUACUUGAUCUUGGAUAGGAUGAUACGAAAGCGGCAGCUGAGCUAGCACGACGCACGUUGCGCGUGUAGAAAAGCAUAGGUGUCUUCCAAGAUAAGAUGCAAGCGGUAAUAACGAUACUUCAUGCGCACGUAUUCUUCGUUCCGGUAAUGUUGCUCUGGCAUCGUAUUUUUUCGUGAAGAACGCGUCGCGUCUUUUUAAUCUGUGAUUAAUUCGUAGAAACAUUCACAUUUGGAAUUCAGUCCAGUCGAAGUUCCUACUACAGUAAUAUAUUUUACUAUCUAUAAAAAGACGUUAACGGGGAAAUCUCUCGUUUAGUAGGAUUUCCGUGGCAGCUCUCACUUCCUUUGUUAUUGGCCAAUAAUUUCUUUUUACUGGACGAUGGAAUUGACGAUGUGUAAAACGAGAGAAGCCGUAUUAUACUAGCGGAUAAAUUAAUUCGAUCCUGUUACAGACAAUUUAUUCAUUAUUUUUAAGACGAAGUUUCUUUAAUUCUCAGGUUUUGAUAUCCUUAAAUUUUAUCGUAAACGAUUUUCCAUGCAGAGCGCAUUAACAAUCGUCGCGGGAAGUUUCCAUACGCGAUGUACUUUGAAUACGCGAUCUACGAAUUGUCGAUGUAUCGACCAAAAACAAAUAUAGAAUUCUAGAUAUAUCUCGUCGUUCAAUUGGAUAGGACUAACAAUACAAAAUUAUUUAUUGGAGCUCUUUACGCCUGCAAAGUUUCGAAAAACAAUUCUCUUUACGAGUGUUAGAUCAUGGUUUAUAUAUACAUAUAUCUCUCUCUUUCGAAAAUGCACAUGUCUUUUUAUAUAGCGAGAAACGCGUAUUGUACAUAUAUAUGUAAAAAGAAGAAUAUAUAUAUAUAUAGAUAGUAAAGUAACCAGUAGGAAUCUGAAAUUCUUAAUGAUCAAAUGACGCACGAGGAAGAUCGGAACGUCUUAUGAAUUUUUUUACCAUUUACCUAUUAUCACGUAAUGUAACAUCGGUACAAGUCCCUCGUGCGGAAUUACAUAAGACAUGUGAUCGUACACUUUAUCACGAUAUUACGCAUUAGACGGAGAAGCAUUCUUCCUCUAUCGUUAAGAGUAUUAAAGCAUCGUGUCGACAAGAUUUCUGCGUGAUGUGUGUAUGUGCGUGUGUAUCUUCGUAUGCGUGGUGGUGUGUGGUAUGCGCGCGCGCACAUAUGCCACAUGGCAUAUAUUUAUACUAAUUGUAAACGCGUAAACGUGACUGUUUGACGUUAUAUAUGCGAGACGUCCGAGGCAGCCGUAUGCGUAUACACGUAUGGAUCUAACGUAAAGACGUCUUUUUCGAGCAGCAGUUGGUCCUAAAGUAUACCUCUCUUAAUUACUCUAACAAAUUAUUACGCGGCGAGACGCGUUUUCGAUACACUUGUAUGGUCUACUAGAUAAACGUUAAGGAAGUUUCGCAUUAAUACUUAACCGAGAGAUCCGACUUGAGAAAAAUAGCUACUUAGAAGAGGGCGAGCUUGCGACGUUACUUUUAGGCGCGCGUCUCUCUGAACACGAUGUACCGCCGGAUGUACUGCCCGGUGGCCGGAAUCAUAUUCCUAAUACAGUCUCGUAUUACCCGACGAAAGAAGAAAAAAAAACUUAUACACGUAACACGCGCAUUUAUUGCAUCAGUGAUUUUUAUAUGCGACGUAACGCUGCGCGCGAAGCGCGUUUAUAUUUAAUCUUAUUAUUGUUGUGUAAGGAAACGAAUCUGUGUGUAGUCGAGAGGUGAGGGGGAAGGGGGGGGGAUCGAUGUAAUCGACGCACGUAUAUAAAAAAAAACAAAUGACUCUGCCGACUAUUGUGCCAAAAAGCAACAAGUACGCACAUUCUUUUCUACGAUUUUGAGGAUUCUCACGUUCCAGUCUCGACGAUUUUUAAUACUCUCCGGCGUAGUUCGUAAUCGCGUCACUUGACUCGCUUGCAGAUUUGUAGAUUUCAUUCGGCGAUAACAACGAGCGGUGUAAAUAAUCGCGAGGAGAAGAGCCUGGCGAUUCGCGCCUCUCACAUUCCAUGACGUUUCAUUAUUCAUUAUUCAUUAUCGAGCGAAAUUGCAAUACUUUCAUUCAGUGUAUAUGUGUAUAUGUGUAUAUAUAUAUAUACAUAUACAUACAUACAUUCAUAUAUACAUAUUUAUGCACAUAUAUGGGGACGAGAAUCAGCAGCAUCGGCGUGUGCGUGUGCGUGACGUGUGAACAGAAAUGGAUGGAUGUGACGUAGCGUGUGAUAUAUCGUAUAUACAGCGUAUUUAAAUCUUCCCUGAUAAAACACACAUUCCUGUAUACAUAUACGGUACAUUCUAUAUCAUACAAUGCGAAGAUAUACGAGAUAUACAACACAUGCCGAAAUAUAUUGUGAAUAUUAAUGCCAUCACGCACGACGCUUCACGUACGCUCGGCAAAGAAAAGGUAACAGAAAUGUGCAAUCGACGAUGUUAACAUUUGCAAUCUAUUUUGGUAGGCAGCUUAAUAGAAGCGCGAUAUAAUCCGUUAUUGAAUAAAAUAAAACUCGUAUCCACGUACAGAAAGUA